UGGACACAUGAUGACGAUGGUCAAUACAUAAGAUCGACCUUCUUUUCUGCUUGUAUAUAAAAAAGGACGAAGCAACUUCGAGAUUCAAGUCAUUAGUUGAUUGUUUAUCAAAGUGAAAGUGUUUAAUAAAAAAUUGUUCAUCAUGUUUAAGAUAUUAUUGCUUUUACCUUUAUUGGGUAUGACAUUAGCUGAUUAUGGUCCACCACCAGCACCAUACCAUCCACCACAACGUACUUACGAUCCACCUCCACCACCAUCAUACCAUCCAACCAAAUAUGAGCCAUCAUACCCACGAUCAUCUGAUCCCUACCGACCAUCAACAUACAAACCAUACAAAGCUCAUCAACCUGAACCUUAUGGAUAUUCACAUGGUGAAUACUCACAUGAAGCUUAUCCUAAACCAACAUACGCACCAAAGUAUAGUCCAGACUAUAAACCAGAUUAUAAGCCAGAUUAUAAGCCCGAAUACAAGCCAGAAUACAAACCCGAGUACAAACCAUCGUACAAACCUGAAUACAAACCCGAAUACAAGCCCGAAUAUAAAACAGACCACAAACCAGAAUAUGAACAAAAGCACAAGAUUCCAUACAACUAUGGAUACGCUGUUGAUGAUGGAUAUGGAAACACUCAACAUCAAGAAGAGAAAGGAGAUGACUAUGGAAACAAGAAAGGUUCAUAUGGAUACACUGAUGCCCAUGGUGUUUACCGAGUAGUUGACUACGUCGCUGAUGAAUAUGGUUUCAGAGCAACAAUCCGUACAAAUGAACCUGGUGUAAUUAAAAGUAAAUCACCCGCCGGUGUAAACUUGGAAGUCAGUGAACCACCAAAGGGUUUACCAUCAGCCGAUUAUAAACCAAAUCACAAGGCCGAAUAUGGUGCAAGCUACAAACCCGAAUACAAACCCGAGUAUAAACCCGAAUACAAACCAGAAUACAAGCCAGAAUACAAACCAGAAUAUAAGCCAGAAUACAAACCUGAGCAUAAGCCUGAAUACAAGCACGAACAUUACCCUGAACCAGCCUACAAACCCGCUCACAAGCCUUACCACAGUGAAUACAAAUCACCCUCUUACCGACCAAGCUACGAACCAAAGUCCCAUGAAUAUGCUGUUCAACACUACAAACAAGUGAGCCAUCCAAAGCCCCACUACUACCCAACAAACGAUUACACCGGCACCUACGGUCCAUCUUAUGCUACUCCACAAUACCGACCAAGUGCCCACUACAAGGCCGAACCCUACGUCAAAGAGCCUUAUACUCCAGCAUACAACUACAAAAUCGCUCAACCUUACCAACCACUUCCACCUUACAAGGAGCAAUCAUACGAGCCCACUUACCGACCAGCUAAGGUUCACUACGCUGAAGACCAUUAUUAGAAUUUAAAUUUAAAUUUAAAUCAAUAAUUUAAAUGGAAACACAACAUCAACCAUUUAAAUCAUUAGAUUAUUAUUAGUAUCAUUUCAUCAUUUAUAUCGCUGAAAAGAAAAACAAAAUCACCGAUAAAAUUUUCAUGUGAAAAUUAAUUGAACAAAAUGAUAAUCAUACUAUCACAAUUUCAGAAUCUAUUUCAUCAAUGUUAAUUGUAAAUCAGUUUACCAAAUUUUUUAAUCAACAAUCAACUCAUUUUAAAUAAUCAAUCAUCAAACAAACAACAAAAAAAAAGUAAAUUAAAAAUGACCACUUACCCAACCCUUUAAUUUAAAAAAUCAACAA